AUGACACUAGUACGAAACUAUCUUGUGUCACUAGCAGCAGCUUCAUCAUCAGCACCAUCAAACAAUACCCCAGUACCUCAUCAACAACAGCCAACAACCAGUAACAGUAGCCCCCUUUCUUCUGUCAAAAAAGAUAUCGUGGAAACUGUUCGUAAGGUGGUCGAAGUAAUCAGCAGAUAUGCAAGCACAUCACUCCCGCAGCACUCCAAAGUUGCUGUGCGAGGUUUCAUUUUAGAUUUGCCAAAUCGUUGGGAUAUCCAGUCAUCACCAGCAGCGUCGCCACUACUGACACCGAAGGAAGGAUUAUCUCCUGUCCACGACGAAAAUGCAAUCAAGGUGCUAACUUUCGGGACCGAGUCGGUGGAAAUGUUACAAUCCAUCUCGUCCAUCUUUUCUGAUACUGUGGAUCGCGCUGAACUAUGGCUGGAGCGAUGGCGCAAUGUACGAGAAAUAGGCGAUCAGGGAAAAGACAAUAAAGAUAUCCAGUUACCACCCAUUCGAACACUCGACAUCAAUAAUGAAUUCAACCAAACCCAUUAUGAUCAUCAUCAUCAUAACAACUUCUAA